AUGUCGGGUGGCCCCCAUGCAGUCACAUCAAAUCAAGUGGAUUUUAAAUAUGAAAUUACAUUUUAUAACAAACGACCAGUGACAAUGACAUGGAUUAAGCACAAAGAAAAGAACAGAUUCAUCUUGGACUGCAAUUCUCAGAAGUGGUUGCUUCGAAAUGUUCUACAGUUAAGUUGGUCGAUGAAUUCGUCACAUCGUAUUUUCCCCAAAUGGGAGAAACUAAUUUAAUCUACUGAUCAUCUGAAAGGCUUAGGUCUGGCUAGUCUAUACCUGUAAACAGUCGAUUUAAUCAUUCAUCUUAAUAAACUGGAAUAGUAUACUCAUGCCAUGGUAGUCUUGAUUUGUUAAGGGUCUCGUACACCUGUCGUGAUAUGUCAAAGAAUACUCGGACAAUUAAAUUUUAGAUCGAGAUAUAUAUACUGUUUUAUAUAUAUAUACACACACAAACAGACGUAAUUAUAUAUGUAUGUGUCUGUCAAUGUGAAACAAUUAAUGUAUGCAGAUGUGAAUGCGUAUGCAUGAAGCAUAAAAGCCUCGUUUAUCAACAUGGAAUGUGAACUCAGUGACCUUUAGUGGUGAAGCUGUGGUCUACACACCAUUGAGGCCUAGGCUUAGACAAGUUGAUAAAAGCUUUGAAGCUAGUCGUUGGAAUCACUCAGAUCGGAUUUUCCCCUAAUUUGUCAACAUUAGUCAUUGAGUAUCAGUAGAGGCUCUUAGAAGCCAGCAAAGAUGUGGUCGGUGAGCCACCCACACAUCUACAGAAUGGCAAAAGCAACCACCUGACGGCUUAUCACUUUACAGCAUCAGAAGAAGUUUACAAUGGUCAAAUUUUGCUUGUGUCUGCUCACCUGUCUCGCGUGGUCAUCUCAAGUGCAAGGCGGUAGGACAGCAUGCAGAGCUCUCAGUGUCCCAGAAGGGGAGACGACCAACUUGACCUGCUUCUUCUCUGAGGACGUCAGCAAGUCAAGGAAAGGCUUCACAGUCCUGCACAUCAAUGGCAAAGAAAGGCCAAAUCCUGUAGUUGACUGUAUCUGGGUUAUCGGAGUUCUUGAGUGCGCUACAGAGGCUGCCUACGUAUUUGACAAAGUCGUUGCUAGUAGCAUGACAGUUCAAAUACCCCGGGUGUCUACAAAUGAAACGGGAAAAUACACAUGCCAAAUCACAGGCUCAAAGUCAGAAGACCUAGAAUCCUGCGAACUUCUUCUGUCAGCAGGAAGAACGACUUGUGAUGUACAAUCAUCACAGCCUGUAGAAGAGACGACACUCACCUGCUACUUCCCUGAGGACAUCGGAAAGUCCAAGAGGGACUUUGCUGUUCAUCACUUCAAUGAGACAGGGACUUCAGCUCUUGUGAUCGACUGCGCCUGGGUGCUGGGCAACCUUUACUGUAGUAAGCACCCUGGGUACGAGUUGGACUCAAGUGUCUCAAACCGUUUUGUCGCCCGCAUUCCACGAAGUCUCGCCGGACGUUACCUGUGUGAGGUGUCUGGAGCACGAUUACAUCAUGCUUCGCUCUGCAGUGUUGGGCCUCCAGAAGACAGAAGAGAUCUCUCUGGUUGUGACAGUCGUGCGCUGACAGCUGCCGUUAUUUUCCUCGUGGUUGUGAUCAUUGUAAUGAUAGGAAUAUUUAUAUUCCUCAUAUUACAACAUCUCAAAAGAAGAAAAGCUCCCCCAUCGCAGUCAACAUCAAACUGUUCGUGCAAAGCCCUCCUAGAACGCCAGCGUCCGGAGCAGAACGGCGCCGUUGUGUAAUGUGGGAAUACAAAGCUAUGACCUCACAUGACCUUUUGUAGGACUGGUCAGCAGGCUGAAGGAGCUCAUCAACAUGAAGGAACAAUAAUUGCGACAGGCCUGCUAUAUCGUAGCUGUUCUAGUCAGGAAAGGUAGAGCCUGGCACCUAUAUUCCUAUGUCGGGUGUUCCUUGUGUAACGGCGGUGAGCAAAGGGGAGCAACGCUUGGCAGGACGUUGUGAAAGGUCAGAGGUCAACGUGUUGCUGCUUCGUUGUGUCUGUUAAACUCUACAUUGCGGAUUCACUCGGCUGACUGUGCUUAAAAUUUAUUUGAAACAAAGAUCUAGGAGUGUGUUCUUGGAGGUUUUAAAGAUUAAAAAAAAAACUAUUCUAGACAUGGUGACAACGUCCGUAUGUACGAGCAACGACAUCCCACAACUGGCUGGCUGGCUGGCCGGUGUCACAAUCAUCUUUCGUUUUAGAAAGAUCGUUGUCUCUUACAUUGAGCAAAGGCUGAGGUCAUCAUGUCGUUUCCGGCUUGUGUACUGAAAACUCCUGAGACUUUAGUCUUGGGCUGGAACUGUUUGAUUGCACAUAUGUUUACUAUCUUGAGACAUUUGAAUGCGUUACGACAUAAACAUACAUAUAUGUUGUGUUUGGUUCUGUAAAUAAUUUGAACUGUUGAAAAAAUGUUAUAUACUUUAUGUCCAGGGAUGGGGAGUAGCUGUAGCUAGGCUACAGCUACUGUAGCCGGCUACAAAUUUUGUAGCUUGUAGCUUAGCCGGCUACAAAUUUAAA